AUGGACAAGAGAAACAAGGCCGAACAGUUUCGCAAGGCGAAAAAGAACUUCUUCAAACGAGGCUACAAAAUUGGCCUCAAAUCAGACGCCGAGAUAUUUAUUUUAAUAAAAAGGAAAGAUAAAUCCUACUCAUUCACCAACACGAACCUUCCAUUCUGCACGUGCCAGGCAAUCGACUACAAUAAAACCAUAGCCAAAACUGCUACGGACUUCGAGCCCACGUCUUCUCAGGAGAGAAAUACCGGAUUCUCUCAAGCAAUUUGCAAAGACUCGGCCCUUUCUAUACUUGGAAUCAAAGCCCCGACGCCGCCGCAGCUGGAGUUGUGA